CUGUAAACAUGCCACUAGCCAAGGAUUUACUUCACCCAAGUUUGGAGGAGGAGAAGAGGAAGUGCAAGCUCAAACGCUUGGUACAGAGUCCAAACAGCUACUUCAUGGAUGUCAAAUGUCCAGGUUGCUAUAAAAUUACGACAGUAUUUUCACAUGCUCAGACUGUUGUCCUAUGUGUGGGUUGUGCUACAGUUUUGUGCCAGCCUACAGGAGGAAAAGCACGACUCACAGAAGGAUGCUCCUUUAGGAAGAAGCAGCACUAA